UAAUUGGAAUUCAUCUCUAGUCAAACAACAUGGUGUGGUAGACAUCAUCCGCUUUCUCUUCUUACUAUGAUCUUGGAAACACUGCUUACUUGCAGUAUUGCGCUUGAUUUCCAGAAUUUCUUAAGGACUUAGGCCAACUUGAGGGUAGAAGUGAAUUACUGACAGGUGCUUGCACUGAAGGACCUGGCUCCAGAGUGCUCACAAGUUAUCUGUUUGUCCAAGUCAUGUGACAGUCAGGUAGCUAGGACUUUCAAUCCCUUCUUGUUCUUUGAUAUCUUAAAUCAGUAGUUCCAGGCGGUCUUCUUAGUUCACCACACUGACAAGCAGGGUUUUUUUUUUUUCUUCUCAUGAUUUUCUAGUAACUGAAAAGAUGAAGAGAACGAUUCCACAAUUACAGUAGAAUUAUGUUGUAUAUGUGAUGAUGGCCAUAGUGUAAAACAGACAGAAACAAUGCAGAAAGAAACAUGUUGGUCAUCUCAUUGUGGCUCAUGUAGCAUGACACAUUUCAGGAUAGGAAUUGUCCUGGGCAUCUCCGUUUUCAUUCCCCCUAAACUCUAUAAAGGUGGAUGUUGGGGUUCAAUUCAUUUCAUAAAAUUCUAGAGUCAACAAAAAACUACAGAGUUUGAUGAGAGGUAUCUUAAAUGGCUUGUAAGUAAAAAUACCUUGCUGAAACUCCCUUCAAAUCUAGUGCCUCUUGGCUGGGCACGGUGGCUCAUGUCUGUAAUACCAGCACUUUGGGAAGCCAAGCCAGGCAGAUCACUUGAGGUCAGGAGUUCAAGACCAGCCUGAUCAAUAUGGUAAAACCAUAUCUAUGCCACAUCUAUGCCUGGCUAAUUUUGGUAUUUUUACUAAAAUUAGCCAGGCAUAGUAGCAGGCACCUUUAAUCCCAGCUACUUGGGACACUGAAGCAGGAGAAUCACUUGAAUCUGGGAAGUGGAGGUUGCAGUGAACUGAGAUCAUACCACCGCACCCCAGCCUGGGCAACAGAGCAAGACUCCAUCUCAGAAAAAAAGAAAAUCUACUGACUCUUAAAUAUGAUGCCAGGUAUAUAGUAUCAUCUUCAAACAAUUGCUUCUAAUCCUCUUUCUUAAAAUAUUGACUAUAGCAACUUUUGAGUUUUUGAAACUUUCCCAGCAAAUUAGCAAACAAUCCAUAGGGCUGUUUAUAUGAGAAAUCUGGGACUUGCCACACAUAUCUGUGGAUCAUUGUUGCUCUGGUGACAAAAGAAAACCUGCUGUGUCUUUAAAGUAUACCCCUUGUACACUGAAGAGGAACUGAAACAGAGCACUUCAGAGUCAAUCGUGCUUUACAGUUUCAGAUCUUGAAAUUUCGAUUCAGAAGAAAUUCUCUAUACUGCUUUAGAAUCGCCAGGAUAGAAGAAGCAGAAGGAUUAAUGAGUAUAGACAUUGAUUUUAUGCACAUUUUAGAUGAGGUAAUUCUACUAAAAAAGGGAAAUCCUUAGACUGUCUAUGGUAGUUACUUAAUAAGAAAGUAAGGAAAGAAGAAACCUGGAUGCAUUUUCCCCUGGUGAGCUGCUUCACAUAGAUAAACUGACCAUGAUUUUAUGACCACUCUUUUUAUUUAUAGCAGUUGGGAUUACUGACUAGGAAAUAUAAAAAUAGUCACAGAUUUAGAGAGAGAUAUGCUAAGGCAACCCACCAAAGAAUUCUGAAGAGUAUAAUAAAAGGUCAUUAAAAGAAAGUGUAAUGCAGGCUUUGUAGGAGUGGAAAGAAUGUUUCUCACUGUGUGCUGUACCUAGAAACAAUGUGAAAAUCACUCUACCCUGAUACUACUUAAUAGAAAAUGUAGCUGUUGGACAGGUCAAAUGAAGUGGGUAGAGAAAAAAAACAAACUCUAGUCAGCUGACGGUCUUGUGCUUUGUGACAAGCUUCAUUGAGAGGUCAUAAAUGGUUGGGUGUGACUCUUUCUGAUGCAUUGGGUAUUGCUGUCACACGUUCUUCUGAGCUUCCUGCAUUCCUUCCUUUUUUACUUUUAUGUACCAUGAGAAUUUUUCUUUGACUAGUUAGAAUAGUUUAUUUCUGCUGGCCAGUGGUAGGGAUUUUGAGAUGAUUCCAGACCGGUAAGAUUGAAUGAGUCAAGGAAUGCAGUGUCAUGUCUGAUUUAGGGUUCAAGAACAUUUGUCUUUUCCCUCUGAGGAUACAUCACUUACAAGGAAUAAAUCAGCAAUCUUAAUAUAGGAGAUUUUCAUAGAUGCUAACAACUGACAUCAGCGUUUGUCUGGGUCAUAUUUGGAUCAGCGUUGGUGAUAUAACAGAGUAAAGCACUUGUUAUUAGUCACCAUAGCGAACUGCAUCCAGAAUGACGGUGUUCCAGGCAGGAGAUGAGGUUAAUCCAGCUCUGGAGUCUGCAGGCCAGUCACUGAUUGGGCAGCUGCUGAAGGCUUUUUUCCUCAAGUUCUGCUCAGCUCUAUGCUGAACUGGAAUGCUGGCUGAACUGGUCCUCCAACAUCCCUGGUUCUCCUGUUAUGACUCCUGUGUUGGUCAUGUUCGGAGUUUGACCUGAAUGAGAUUCGCCUGAUAGUUUACCAGGACUGUGAAAGGAGAGGCAGACAAGUCUUGUUUGACUCUAAAGCUGUUCAAAAGAUUGAAGAGGUGACAGCUCAGAAAACAGAAGACAUCCCUAUUAAAAUAUCAGCCAAAUGCUGCCAGGGGAGCAGCAGUGUCAGCAGCAGCGUCAGCAGCAGCAGCAGCAGCCUCAUCUCUUCCCACAGUUCUUCCGGGGGAUCUUCACACCAUGCGAAAGAGCAGUUUCCAAAGUACCAGUACACAAGACCAGCUUCUGAUGUCAACAUGUUGGGGGAAAUGAUGUUUGGCUCAGUUGCGAUGAGUUACAAAGGCUCCACCUUAAAGAUACACUAUAUCCGUUCUCCUCCACAACUGAUGAUUAGUAAAGUCUUCUCUGCUAGAAUGGGCAGCUUCUGUGGAAGUACAAAUAACCUGCAAGACAGCUUUGAGUACAUCAACCAAGAUCCUAAUAUGGGAAAACUGAACACAAAUCAGAAUAGUUUGGGUCCUUGUCGUACUGCAAGUAACCUAGGUCUGCUGCAAGCAUGCAGCAGCAAACUGCUGCAAGGGGUAGCUGAAGGAGGACCUCUCCGGCUCACCCGGAGUGCUUCUUUCUUUGCAGCACACAGCACACCAGUUGAUAUGCCAAGCAGAGGACAGAAUGAAGACAGGGACAGUGGCAUUGCUCGAUCAGGAGGCAGAGCAAGAUGGCUGAAGGAAGCCUCCACUGAUUGUCCUCCCUGCAGGAACACCAGAUCUGAAAACUAUCCACACACAAAAAAGCACCUUCAUAAGAAGCAAAAAUCAGCCUCACUAAGCAGUCUUUUGAUCACACCUUUCCCAUCUCCAAGCUCCUCUACAUCUUCUUCCAGCAGUUACCAGCGCCGCUGGCUUCGAAGUCAGACAACAAGUUUGGAAAAUGGCAUCAUUCCAAGGAGGUCAACUGAUGAGACAUUCAGCUUGGCUGAGGAAACCUGUAGUUCUAAUCCAGCUAUGGUUAGGAGGAAGAAAAUUGCCAUAAGUAUCAUCUUUUCCCUUUGUGAGAAAGAAGAAGCACAAAGGAAUUUCCAGGACUUCUUCUUUUCUCAUUUUCCCCUGUUUGAGUCUCACAUGAACAGGCUGAAGAGUGCAAUUGAAAAGGCUAUGAUCUCCUGUAGGAAAAUAGCAGAAUCAAGCCUCCGAGUCCAGUUUUAUGUCAGCCGAUUGAUGGAAGCUCUGGGAGAAUUCAGAGGAACUAUCUGGAACUUAUAUUCUGUUCCAAGGAUAGCUGAACCGGUAUGGCUUACCAUGAUGUCCAGCACUUUGGAAAAAAACCAGCUCUGCCAGCGCUUUCUCAAGGAGUUUACACUUCUGAUAGAACAGAUCAAUAAAAACCAGUUUUUUGCUGCCUUACUGACUGCGGUGUUAACCUACCACCUGGCCUGGGUCCCAACAGUCAUGCCUGUGGAUCACCCUCCCAUUAAAGCCUUCUCAGAGAAACGUACCUCCCAGUCAGUGAACAUGCUGGCCAAAACACAUCCAUAUAAUCCUCUCUGGGCACAGCUGGGUGAUCUUUACGGAGCCAUAGGCUCUCCAGUGAGACUGACUCGCACCGUGGUGGUAGGGAAGCAGAAGGAUUUGGUCCAGCGAAUACUUUAUGUCCUGACCUACUUUCUCCGUUGCUCUGAGCUACAAGAAAACCAGCUGACCUGGAGCGGCAAUCACGGUGAAGGUGACCAAGUUUUAAACGGAAGCAAGAUCAUGACAGCCUUGGAGAAAGGAGAGGUGGAGGAGUCUGAGUAUGUUGUCGUUACGGUGAGGAACGAGCCUGCUCUUGUACCUCCCAUCCUACCACCAACAGCAGCUGAGAGACAGAACCCCUGGCCGGCAGAGUUUCCUGAGAGCCCAGAGGGCACUGACAGUAGAGACCUGGGUCUUAAACUUGACAAAGAAGCUCACAGGAGGCCGGAGCAGGGUCCUGAGGCUUGUAGCACAGGGUACCAGGAGCCAGCAUCAGACGGUUCCUGGAAACCUCAGAAUGGCUUUUGUGGGGAUGAAAAAAAUAAAGAGUCACCACAAGAUGGCUCUUCAAGACUUUGCAGCUGUGAAGUUCUGGGGGCAGGAAUGAAGCUGGACCAGCAGGCUGUCUGUGAGCUGUGUAAGGUGGAGAUGCCUACGAGACUGCCAGACCGGUCAGUGGCCUGGCCUUGCCCUGACAGACAUCUCCGGGAGAAACCUCCCUUAGAAAAGGUCACUUUCCAGAUUGGGAGCUCCACAUCUCCAGAGUCUGACUUGGAAAGCCGCAUGAAAAAAAUGGAGGAACGGAUGAAGGCCUGUGGCCCCUCACUGGAAGCCAGCGUGGCCACUGAUGUGGCUCAGGACCCGCAGAUUUCUGGAAGCCCUUUCAACCCUGGCUCUCAGGAGAAUGUCUGCUGCCCUCAGAAUCAGCCUUUUGAGGGGGAUGAAGGCGAGUCUGACAAAGGUUUUGCAGAGGACAGAGGCAGCAGAAACGAAGCGACAGCAGUUGCUGCCGGGAAGCUCAGCCACACUGCCGACUCGGACGCAGCCUCUGCUGGUGUGGCAGGAACCAGAGGGAGGAGGCUGGAGGCAGCUAGAGGUUUGUAUGUGAAGGCUUCAGAAGGACCUGUGCUGGAGCCUGUUGCCCCCAAGUGUGUCCAACAGGGUCCUGGCCUGGCGGCUGCUGCAAAUAUCCCCUGUGGGGAUGCCAACAAGAAAGCCAUCUGUAGGACUGAAGGAGACAUUCCCCGAAAUGAAAGCUCGGAUAGUGCCCUGGGAGACAGUGACGACGAAGCCUGCGCUUCAGCCAUGUUGGACCUGGGUCACGGUGCUGACAGGACUGGAGGGUCCUUGGAAGUAGAGCUGCCUCUGCCAAGGUCUCAGAGCGUCAGCACUCAGAAUGUAAGGAACUUUGGCCGCUCACUUCUGGCAGGCUACUGCCCCACAUACAUGCCUGAUCUUGUGCUUCAUGGGACCAGCAGUGACGAGAAGCUGAAGCAGUGCCUGGUGGCCGACCUCGUCCACACAGUCCACCAUCCAGUGUUGGAUGAGCCAAUAGCUGAAGCUGUCUGUAUUAUCGCAGACACGGAUAAAUGGAGUGUGCAGGUAGCCACAAGUCAGAGGAAAGUGACGGACAACAUGAAACUAGGCCAGGAUGUCCUGGUCUCUAGUCAGGUGUCCAGUUUGCUUCAGUCCAUCUUACAGCUCUACAAGCUUCACCUCCCUGCUGAUUUUUGCAUCAUGCAUCUUGAAGACAGACUACAGGAGAUGUACCUUAAAAGCAAAAUGCUGUCUGAAUAUCUCCGGGGACACACACGAGUCCAUGUGAAAGAAUUAGGUGUCGUACUGGGGAUUGAAUCCAACGACCUGCCUCUGUUGACUGCUAUUGCCAGUACUCAUUCUCCUUAUGUGGCUCAAAUACUCUUAUAAGCUAAAGCUCAGGAUAGUUCUUCCUUGGAAGAAAAAAGUCAAAUUCUUGACGGAAGGAGAAAGGAAUAAGCUCUCUGUGAUGUCAAAAGCAUGAGAAGAGCAAACAGAAACAGUCAUUCCACCUUUUUCUGUUUUGUUUUGUGUUUUUGCUGUCAAGCUGACGCUUCAGUGAAGACUUAGGUUUACUGGACAUAAUGGCAUUUGUGAUUGUCUUGAACACUUCAGGCCAUUUGUUACUCAUGAAUCAACAAAGAGACCUUUUUGGUAGGAGGAAACAUAAGCACUACACUAAACACUAAGCUAUUGGGACAGAUUGCCUUGUGCUGUUUCGGCAGAAUAAGGAAAAGUGACUUGAGCGGAGAGGCCAACAGUGUACAUAACAUUCCAGUAGGAAACUGCUUCCAGGUUUGAGCAUGAGCUCCCCAAACUGGAGAAAACAUACUUUGCUAUACUUAGACAGUCAGAAUGCAGACUUUGGAUUCCAGGUCAGAGUUUGCUUUUUACACAAGGUGAAACGAAGAAAGCCACACUGUGCCAUCUUCAGCUCCAGUGGCGGUAGCAGUGACUAUUUGACAUAAAACAUGUAAAAGAAUUGCCUGUUGGAAAGAGUGCUUUAGGGACCCACUGUUUUCAUUUCUUUUUGGAGUUUACCUUGUUUCAGGUGCAGCCACAGGUAGGUCAGAGAUGGAUUGUUGGUGCAAUAAACCCAAGAAUCAAUGUAGCCUCUUAAUCCCAUCAAGAUGUAGUUUGUAGCAGCAAAGUGUACAGUCUGAAACCAUAUGUUUUAUCCUUAUAUUUUAGAGCUUUCAGCAGCCUUUUUAAGAGAGGCCAUUUACCAAAGUUAUUUCUAGAAGCUCAAGAGUGUUUCUGUUGGUAAGUUCUUCCAGCUGAAGCCACUGUUUUCUUAUAGUUAAUACAAAUAACUAUUUGUACUUUAAAAGGCACAGCUGUCUGGGUGGGAAAUGAAACCUGCAACAGUUCAGGAUGGCUAAUGAAAACAAUUAGCUUGAACAUCUAGAAAAAAAUCCAUAUAUGAUCUCAAUUUUUACAUUAUCAUUUCUGUGCCUUCUAAUUCCUCCAUCAUUUUCAAAACAUUUUUCCAGAAAUUAACUUACCCAUUGUAUAAAACCUACCAAAAUGAAUUAUUUCCCAAAGUUCAUGCAAAAAAAAAAAACAUUCUGUUAAUAUAAAAGAAACUCUAGUUUACUGAUCGUGAAACAGACUAUGUACUGAUAUCCAGGGUAAAGUAAAAGACCUUAAAAAAUUGGUCAUUAAAAGGAGCCAAUCUAGCAAAACUAAACCUCGUCAGCACUUUGCAGUUCUUGAACAGGCUCCGAUUCCCUUCCACUGUUUUAUGAAUUAAUUCCAGUUCUUUUCAUGUAUCUUUGUACCUAAGAAAUAUGCAGUAACUUCCCUAUUAGGGACUAGCAUGACUUCAAUUUUUUAUUUGAGAAAAAUCAGAAGUUACCUUUCCCCCUUUUUUAAAUGAUGCAAAAUGUAGAUAAGUGUAUUAAGAUUUGUAAGAACGUUAAUUUUCAUUUUAUGUCAUUCAUUGAAAAUGGAAAUGUUCAUUCUUUUUAAUGUUUUCCUAUUUCCUUUUGCCUAGCAUUUGACUUUGGUGUUCUAUAGUUCCAUGACAUCAUUGUUUGCUGUUGUGUUACAGAGAGAGAAGGAACCUCACCUGUGGCUCAGCUCACCCCCCAUCCAUUUCUCAUUACGUAUUAACUGUCAGAGCUGAUGUUACAGCUUUUACAGUUUAAAGCAUUCCCCUCAUCUCUAGUUCCUUUUUUCUUGUUUACAUGUUUUGGCACUUUCCCUCAUUCACCACCUUCCGGGGCUUCAUAGAAAAUAACUUGUUACAAAAUCAGUUCAAUUCUAAUGUGGACAUAGUGGCAUGUUGAUAAUUAGACCCAUAUAGGGGACACUGAGCUUUAAAUGGUUUGUUCUAAACUCUAUACAUUAAAAAAAUUCAGCCCAGAUCCCUCAAAGCCUGAGAUUAAUUUGCCUCUUAAUGUUCCAAAACUCACUCUUGGAAAAACGCCUGUUAGAAAACAGGUGGGUCACGUGUGGGGGUUGUCUCCGCGACACUCAGGAUUCCAGUCAGAACCUAAUCCUCAUGUCUAUUGCCUACAAAAAUAGACCAAGAAUGUUGCUGCUCUUUUAUAGUCCUUUAAAUAUUUAACAUUCAAGUUUCUUUGUCUUAAAUUCAACCUCUUCCUAAAAGCGAAAAAGAAAACAACUCAUGGACUCAUGUUGAGAUCCACCCGCUCACACAUCGUGCACCACCCAGUGGCUUCACUCUGGCUUAGCCGCAGAGGCAAGAAAGGGAUCCCACCCACUCCCAUGCCCACCUCAAGAAAAAAAAUAAAAUUUUUUCUAAAAAAGAAAAGAAAUCUACCUCAGUUGACAGGAUUCCACCUUUAGGGUUUCUUCAACUUAUUAAGUCUUACCUGUUGAGUGUAACUUUUGUAGCAUCUUGCUUUUCUAAGCAAGCUAGUGAGGCAUGACAGAGCAGAAGUCUGUAUAUGUCCCUGUGAUGGACCUCUUUCUAGCAUGUUGCAGUUUUAUUUUUAAUAAAUUGAUAAGUGAAAUGAAUGUAAGGUAAUUGUGUACGUUUUAGACUAUGACAAUGAAAAAUUAAAAUGUAGCUUCCAUACUUGUGCAUAAUUCCAAAGUAUUUUAUUUUUUAUCAGUGUUAAAUAGCUUUUUGUACAGGCUUCAAUCCAUUUUUCUGAAGUGUGCUGUUUUUUAAUGAAAGUAACUAUAAUCUUUUCACAUCCCAUGGAACUGCCGUUUACACACUGCAACUUUUUAAACUUAACCAUAUUUUUCAAAAUUAACUUUUUUGGAGGGAGAUAAAAAAAUCCCCGGCUUGCUAAAUGAUACUAAACUGUUGUUUGGGCUCUUGUAAUUAGGUCCUGAGAUUUUAUAAAAAUUUAGUCUGUAACUUUUUAGGUUCUUCACUAGAGUUGGUUGUACAUAAAAAUAAAGAAUAUAAAGUGACCCCAAAAUUCUUUUAAAUGUCUGGAUUUUUCCACUACUAUGUACUUUUGAGAGUAUUUUGUUCAUGCAUACUUUCACUGUUAAAAUGAAAAUGUCUUCAGCUUCUCUUGGUAAAUGUGAACAAUUUGUUUUUUAUUGUGCUUGGGGGAGAGGGCAUUUUAAUUUUUGCCUAAAUCAAGCAGUCCCCUCUGAAUGUUAAUUUUUAAAUGUCAAAACAUGAUGAACCAUAUAUCUUAAAGCAAGUUUGCAAUAUGCUUAAACUUAAGUGGUAUUUCAAAAAAGAGAAAAUUCUGGAAUUUGUUAUUUGAAGCUCUGUAAGAGAAAUUGAUAGGACUUCGUUUUUGAUCAGUUUGAAUGGAUACCAGUGUCAUUGUGUGGGAUUUUUUUUUAAACUUGUUUGUGUAUUAUUUUGAUCCAUUUUUCUGUGGCAUUUGGUGCAAUAAACCUUUUGAAUUUAUCUUGAACAUA